ACAAUCCCCGCAGGCAGCGCCGCUUUCACCUCUUGUGGAGACUUACCCGGAAAAUUUGAUGCUUACAAAAGUGGGCGUUGAAAGAGAGGAGCAAACUUCAUCAACCGAGCCCAUUAAUAUUGGUGUUCAAAGAAGAGACUCUCAACUAUUUUGUUUGGCUGGCAGUAAAUUUACGAGGAAAGGAGAUGUUCCUGUACAUCCUGGGCCUGCUGCUCCUGUGGUUUGCCCACAGGUGGUUCAAAGAAUCCAAACGUGUGUCAAACAAGGGCGAUAAACAUGUUUACAUCACCGGCUGCGAUACUGGCUUUGGGCACCUACUGGCCAAGCAUCUGGAUGCGCUGGGCUUCCGUGUGAUCGCUGGCUGUUACACCGAGAAGGGCGAAAAUGAGCUGAAGAAGGCCUCUUCUGACAGAUUGACGACUCUUCAUUUGGAUGUCAGUGACUCUGUUAGUGUUGGACAAGCCAGGGCUCUCAUCAAAACUCUUGUAGGGGAGAAAGGACUGUGGGCCGUUGUGAACAAUGCGGGCAUCUCUGUACCAGGAGCCCCCACAGACUGGCUCACCGUUGAGGACUACAAGGGCUUGCUGGCCGUCAAUCUGGUGGGAGUAAUUGACGUGACCCUGAGUGUCCUCCCUCUCAUCAAGAAGGCUCGAGGCAGGGUGGUGAAUGUGUCCAGUGUGUUCGGAAGGAUCAGCCUGUUCGGCGGUCCGUACGGCGUGUCCAAAUACGGUGUGGAGGCCUUCAAUGAUUCCCUACGUGUGAACUUGGCACCAUUUGGAGUCAAAGUGUUGUGCAUCGAGCCUGGCUGCUUCAAAACAAACGUCACCGACCCGCAGAUCUGGGCCAAAAGCGUAAAGGAGAUCUGGGAUAGAUUGCCACGGGAUGUAAAAGAUGACUACGGACCAGACUAUCUGGACAAUGCCCUCCAAGCCGUCAAUGCACGACUUAAACUCCUAUCGGAUAGCGACCUGAUGAAGGUGGUCGGCUGCAUGGAGCACUCCAUCGCCGCCGUUUAUCCUCGUACGCGCUAUUCGCCCGGAUGGGAUGCCAAGCUCAUCUGGCUGCCUCUGUCCUACAUGCCCUCUUUUGUCACUGAUGCCCUCUUCCUCAAAUUCAUUCCCAAGAUAAAAGCAUCUGUGUACUAAGAUCCCUAAGAUCCAAUAGGGAUCGUUCUUUGGUGUUGCCAUAGUCAUCGUACUUAGAAAUGUUGAUAUCAUAUUAUCUUGUUUCAUUGGUGUUUGGUGACAGUGAAUUUGUAUAGCGGUUUUUCCAAAUUUGGGACCCUCGUGGUGGGUUUGGGGCUUCCCAAAACUCUAUUUAUGGCAUCUUUACUUUGUUUGGGAGACCCUGGAAUAUGCAUGGACCCAUUUAAUUAUCUGCUUUCCUGCCCAGAGCAUUAAAAGCAUCCACCCGACCGCCAGAGGUUAACAAAUACAACACUACAUGCAACAAAGUGAAACUAGGAGGCUUCGGAAAGGCGCCGGUACUACUGCAACGAAACAGGUUUUGCGGUCAACUACAAACAAGGCAGAUAUUUUUUCUACUACAGUACUCCCUUGCACUACCGUGUGUCAUUUCUGCACAGGAGGACGGAGAUGUGCUUGAUAAUGUGAGAGGAAAGUGGAAUUGUAGUCAAAGACAAUAGCCUAGUGAAACACGUUUACAUUUAUGUGGUACAAAUUCUCAAAGCCAUCAUUUUAUUCAUUUGUAAAUUAUAUUCAGUUAAAAUGUGGAUACUUGUAAAAAUUGAUUUUGAUUCUGCCUUCUAUAUAUAAAUAGUAUUUCUACAAGAGGGCAGCUAAUUCAUUUUGGUCCAAUCCUGCAUAAUAUUCAUUUGUAUUCCACUGCGCUCACAAAAUAUAUAAAAAUCACACUGACGCAAUUUUCCAUCUGAACACAUAACCUUUCGACUGUGAGGCAGACGCGCAUACUGCUAGAACAGCAGCGGGGUUAAGCGCAUUUAUUUACUGUAUUCAUUACAGUAUCAGAAAAAUUCCAGUAGGGGUCGCCACUUCCACUGUAUUUUGCAGACUUACCCGGAAAACAGUAUGUAAAUUCACAAAUGUAGGAAGAAAACGCUCAUUAGCAAGUUUGCUUUUCUACCCUCACCUAAUGUCACUCAUUUAAUCUGUUUCUUCAUUCAGUGGAGCUCGCCUCUACCUUUUUGUGAGCCUCUGACGGGAAAUUUGCACGUGAGUUCCAAAAGCCCCAAUGGGAAUGUUUACGUUCAGUUGAAUUUUAAUUGUGCUCACGGUUUUUACUAAUCGCGGUGCUGUUAAGGUUUAUUGACUGAGCACGUAAUAUCUGAAUUUGUAAACGAGUGAAGCAAAGUUGGUGCUGUUAAGGUCUAUUGACUGAGCACGUAAUAUCUGAAUUUAUAAACGAGUGAAGCAAAAGUUUAUUGUAUUAUGGUGAUUUCUUUAUCAACUUGUAGAAUUAGUUUUUGUUUCAUUUUAAUGAUAAGCCACAUUUAUAGUUUUCCUCAGCGGGACAUACCAGACGUGUGGCCAUGAGUUCACAUUGAAUAGAUCUAGAUUAGCGAACUAGUUAUGACUAUUACAGCACCUCUUAAAACAGAAGGGUUAACGCUGACUUAUAUGUCAUGCGAUUCUCCUGUUAGAAAGUCCAAAUUGUUUGCAACCUUGUUUACAAUGUCAAUUUAGUUUACAAAAUGUAUUUUUUUUUUCAAUUUCAAGUUGACAUAUCCUAUUCUGUUAAUGUCCUUGAACGUGCCUCAAAUGUUGUGCUUUGGUUGAUUGGGAAGGGGGGUGGUUGCAAUGUUCACAAGCUCCCCCUUCUUUUUCUUUUUUUGUUUGUUUAACUUUUAUUAUGUCAUUUCAAAUAUUUGAUUAGAAACGUUUUGCGGCACACCUUGAAACAAAAAUGUCAUAAAAAUAUGCAUGUAUGUAUACUGAAAUAAUGGCUUGUGUUGGGAAUGGAAGGAAUGUAAUUUUUUUUCUACUUUCUUCUCUAUACUCAAUGUCACCAGCAUUCAUGGUUGAGCAAAGAUAACUUGUGGUAAAUAAAUAAUUUGGGGACAGGUUAA